GUAAUUUAGGCGAUGAAAACUUAAUUUAUAAUUAGAACUUAUUUAAUAAUAAAUUAUGGUUAUUUUAGGUAAAAAAAAAAAAAAUCUCACGUGAUAUCCAUCGUACUCUUAAUAUCUCAUUUAGUUAUUUUCUAAAAAGUGAAAUAUCCACCUUCAGAUCGUUUCUUUUUCUUUUUCUUUUUGUUCUCUUUAACUCGGGCGGUGGCGUAUGCUCCCAUUCCGCAGAAUUAUUUUUCUGAAGGGUGGGUCCGAUUCGUUAUUGUUUGGGAUAGGUAUUAUAGCUCAUUCUUUAAUAGCCAGUAUAACCGGACUUGUGUCGCUCCUGUAUCGAGGAUACGAUUUAAGCAAACCUCAGCCCUUCGCUCAAGAUAUUGAUAUACUCAUUUUCGUGUACAGCUCCAUGUAUACGAAAUGUACUGUACAUUUUGAACAAUGUGGCCAAAAAUGAAGUUAUUGAUGCUUUGCAUGUAUUAUUCGAUUUCUUAGCCAUUAAAAGUAAAUCUAAUGUAGUAUGUAAAGGAUACAGAAAAUGAAAGAAUUUACUUGAGAAUAAUUAUAACCUUUAUAGUCUC